AUGCCUCCCGAGUCGUCUCUAUUUGUAGGGGACGUUGAAUACGACGAAUUAAGCUCACCGGCGCCAGAAUCAAGCAUCUCCGCAGCCGAGCAACCCCGUUCACAACGGCCAAUUUUCUCUGCGCCCUCUUCCUCCGCGUCAUCCGCGUCUACGCAUCAAUCGCAGCCGAAGAAGCGUAAACUACGCGCGCCUGAAACGUGGAAGCACUUUCGUGUAGCUCAAGGAGACGAAGAGACACAUCAGAACAACCAGAGACUCUGGUAUUGUCAUCAAUGUCACAACCCGCCAUGGCGAACAGUCUCGACCACAAGCGCCAAACGACAUAUGCGAAAUGACCACGGCAUUAUCAUUGAUGACGAAGAAAGGCCAGCCAAGAAGGCACUUCAACAGUCUCUUGAAGUAGCUUUCACACGUGCAGAAGAGAAAAAUCGAGCGAUACUCUCCCGGGACGAAGAAUCGAUCCUACGGAAUACGAUCAAGCUUGACGCAUUCUAUGAAGCUCAAAUCCAGCUGAUCACGCGCCGCCGUCUCCCGCUCAACUGUGUCUCUUGGCCGGAAUACCAAGCGCUUCUUUGCGCAGUUAACCCGAAGGCUGAGGAGGUCCUUAUCCAGUCAGGUAAUACG